AUGUCGGAUGACGGAAGUCAGUUUGUUAGUAAAGAAUUGACCUCACUUUUAAAAAAAUACGGAAUUGAACAUUUUAGGACCUUACUUUAUUCCUCUCAAUGUAACCCCGGUGAGCGGGCUAAUAAGGUGAUAGGAACAAUGAUCACGCAAUACAUAAAAAAAAAUCAUCGUUUUUGGGACAAAUUCACACCAGAGUUAAUUUUUGUCAUUAACACGGCAAAACACGAGUCAACGCAGUUCACGCUAGCUUACCUUAACUAUGGUCAUGAAUUACUUCCUCCAAAUACGUUGCGGAAAAGGCUCGAAAGCGGUCAUACAGUUAAUAAUUAUGAUUAUCAGGAAAAUUUGAAAAACUUACACGAGGCCAUGGACCUCGUACGCUUGAACCUUGCGCGCGCGCUCUCUAACCAGAGUCGGUACUCUAACGAGAAACGAAGUGACUGGGUACCGAGAGUAGAGGAUUUAGUCGAAACAUGCGAGCACCAUCUCUCAUCCACGAUUGACAAGUUUUCGGGUAAGCUAGCGAAUAAAUAUACCGGUGGUUACACUGUAAUACGGAGCAUCGGUAAAAACGUUUUCAAGAUUGGCCAUGGAGCUGAAGCACACAUUGUACAGGUGAAAGACCUAAAGCCAUGUACAAUUAGAGAAAUUCCAGUCAUAGAUAUCGAGGACAUGGUCGUGGAAAUAAAUAGAAGGUACAAACAUCACAGAUAA